AUGUUUGACAAUAUACCCCCGGGUCCCGCAGACCCUUUUUUUCAUCUGAAGAAAAAGGCCGAUGAAGAUGACCACCCAGACAAGGUUGACAUAGGGGUAGGCAUAUACCGAAGCGAGCAAGGGACCUACCAGGAGUUGGCUGUCGUAAAAAGGGCAAAGAAAAUACUGGAGCAACUCGAGUUGGGGCAUGAUUAUGGACUCACUACUGGGGAUGAUCGAUUCCUCAAGCUCGCAGCGGAAGUCAUGUUUGGCCAAGAAAAUGAAGCGUUGGUAUCGGGGCGGAUCGCAUCCGUACAAACUCUCUCGGGUACAGGAGCCAACCAUACCGCUGCUGUCCUCAUAGCUAGACUACUGGAUCCAAAGCCAGCCAUCUACCUCGGAGUGCCUACCUGGAACAACAUGAAGCCGCUCUGUGAGUAUGCCGGCUUAGAGACCAUCGAGUACCCAUACCUAGACCGUGAGACAUCCGAACUCUCCUUCCAGCCCUGCAUCGACGCAAUCAGGAGUGCUCCUACAGGGAGUGUAUUUGUUCUACAGGGCUGUUGCCACAACCCGACUGGCAAAGACAUCACAUUGGAUCAGUGGCAGCGGUUCGGAGAGGAGAUAAAAGCACGGGGUCACCUAGCUUUCAUCGAUAUCGCCUACCAGGGACUCGGUGAUGGAUUGGAUGAGGACGCAGCAGGCGUUCGGAUACUAUCACGUCUCGGUAUCGACAUGAUCGUAUGCCAAUCAUUCUCCAAGAAUUUCGCUCUGUACGGCGAGCGCUGCGGAGUUCUUCAUGUAGUCACACGGUCAGUCGAGGCUGCGACCAAUACCAAAGACCAGCUGCGGAGCCUAAUACGGCGCGAAUACUCCUCAUCGCCAGCGUACGGGUCGCGGUUGGUUACGAUCGUGCUAGAGGAUCCCGAGCUGCGUCAGCAAUGGGUUGAUGAACUCGCGUCCAUGAGAGCAAGGUUAAUUCAGAACAGACAACGACUAUACAAAGAACUGUCUACGAUUUUGCAAACACCAGGCGAUUGGAAACAUAUUGUGGAGGAGAAGGGGCUCUUUUCGUGCCUCGCGAUCACCCCCGCACAGUGCAAUGCCCUCAAUGACAACUACCACGUGCAUCUCCCGAAACCCUGGAUUGAAACGCCUUUGAUCGAGUCGGCAACAUUCUCAAAGGCUGCCGGAUGUAAAAUUUUCCUCAAAUUGGAGUCGCUCCAACCUUCUGGCUCGUUCAAAUCACGGGGAAUUGGAAACUUGAUCCUCACAUCUCUUUCUGAUCCAUCAAACAAUGGCAAAACCCUGCAUUUUUUCAGCUCCUCGGCAGGCAAUGCGGGGCUCGCAGCAGUUAUAGCCGCUCGAGAUCUCGGUUGUUCCUGUACUGUUGUUGUGCCCGUUAGCGCGAAGCCAAUGAUGAUCCAAAAAAUACGCGCUGCAGGAGCUUCGGAUGUUAUCCGCCAUGGCGCCAGUUGGUUCGAGGCUGACUCGUACCUGCGAAAGAAUUUCAUCGAAAAUGAGGACAGCAAAUCAGAUCCCUUGACCAGGAACAUUUAUAUUCCACCAUUCGAUCACCCUGACAUCUGGCGCGGUGCAGGGACUCUGGUUGAUGAGCUAGUCAAGCAGUUACCUCCAAGGCACCACGGAAAAACCGAUACCUGUUGUCCGUUCCCAGCAGAUGCAAUCGUUUGCAGCGUUGGUGGUGGUGGUCUUUUGAAUGGGAUUAUCGACGGCCUUGAGAGGCAUUUGCCAGUGCCUCAACCGGCAACACUUCCCCAGCAAGCGGCGAAGAAACUUCAAAUCCUCGCCGUUGAAACAUCCGGCGCGGAUUCGCUGGCUCAUUCGCUACACAAGGGUUACUUACACCCUCUACCUGCAAUAACAUCGCAGGCAAUCACCCUAGGGGCACUCUGCGUGGCACAGCAAACACUGAAGAACGCUCAAUCUCCUCCGCCCGGUAUCAAAGUCACUAGUAUUGUGGGUACCGACGCCGAUGCUGCGAGGGGAGUUGUGCGUUUGUGUGAUGAGCUGCGGUUGGAGGUCGAGCUGGCUUGCGGAAUCAGUGUCCAAGUUGGGUUAGAUAGGCUAAGGGAAGUCAUGACAGACCUAACACCGGAUAGUCGAGUUGUAAUUGUUGUUUGUGGAGGAAACGAUGUUAGUUCCGAAAUGAUUACGGGUUACCGGCAAAGUUCGAGAGUGGCUGGCAACGAAAAACGACGGGAAUCGAUGUUGUGA